AUGGGUGGCUCCGCUGGCGCCACAAGAGUCAUUGGUAAAGGCCAGCGGCGGCUUAUGACCAAAGGGAUCAAGAUGGGUAGCUGGGUUGCCGUAUCGUAUCGUGUCCCCAUCAAGCAAGAAAUAGACGAGAAUGAUACUGGCCACUACGAAGGGAGGAUUAUUGACAAGCGUAUCGGCGGCCAGGAUCGGGAGUCCUUCAUCGAGCUUAAGGACGUUUUGAAGGUGGACAUCGAUGGAAACAUUAUCGGCAAAGAAAAGCAGAAGCGACUUAUAGAUGCUUUCAUUGAGGACUGCAAGGUCAUCGACAAAAGAGACGAGACGUGGGAUGCCAUCAAGACGCAGAGCGAAGCUGAAGCCGCAAAGCUGCAAGCCCCGCCUGCGGUGGUCAACCAGGCUGUGGCUGCAAAGCUGGAUGCGGGGGUUGCCCUGGUGCGUGCCCCGGCGCGUGCCCCGGUGCCUGCCCCGGCGCGUGCCCCGGUGCCUGCCCCGGUGCGUGUCCCGGUGCCUGCCCCGGUGCGUGCCCCAGUGCCUGUCCUGGCGCCUGCCCCGCGUGUCCUGGUGCCUGUCCUGCAGCCUGUCCUGGCGCAUGUCCAAACAGCGGGGCCGGGGCUUCUGCCGCUUGCCCUGCCGCUGCAGCGUGUCCUGCAGUUGGAGCUUGCCCUGGCGCGUGCCCUGGCUCUGGAUGCUCUGGUGGAUGCCCCGGUGCCUGUCCUGGCGCGUGCCCUACAGGGUGUGCGGGCGCAUGUCCUGGUGGUUGCGGAUGCCCUACAGCUUGCCCGACCUGCCCCGCCUGUCCUGGUUGUGGUUGUGGUUGUGGUUGUGGUGGUUGUGGGUGUGGUUGCCCAGGUUGCGGAUGUGGAGGGUGUUGCGGCGGUUGUGGCGGUUGUGGCUGUUGUGGCUGCGGCUGCCCUGCCGGCUGUUGCUGCGGAGGGUGCCCCGGAUGUGGCUGUGGCUGCUGUCCUGGUUGCUGCGGUUGUGGCGCUAUGGGAAAUGCAAUGUGCGGACAGGGUCCGGGCUGUAUGGGCUGUGGCGGCAUGGCCCCUUGCAUGGGUGGCAUGA